AUGGCUGUUGUUGAAUCUUUGCUACAUUUUUCGAGUGCAGGCACAUUACUGGGCGCUUUGCUAUUGUUACUAGUUUUCUAUCGGCUCUCUCGAGACUCUAAAUUUCAGAAAAAGAGGAAAGAUCCACCAGGACCCAAACCACUACCUUUACUGGGGAACCUGCUGACCCUUGACCUUGCAAGACCUUUUGACACCCUUUGUGAGCUGUCCAAAACCUAUGGGAAUGUGUACCAAGUGUUUUUGGGUCCCAAAAAAGUAGUGGUACUUAUUGGACACAAAACUGUUAAAGAAGCUCUUGUGAACUAUGCAGAUGAGUUCGGGGAACGAGAUAUUACACCAAUUUUCAGGAUACUUACUAACGAACAUGGGAUCCUCUUUUCUAAUGGAGAAAGCUGGAGAGAGAUGCGACGGUUCGCUCUCAGCAACCUGCGAGACUUUGGGAUGGGCAAAAGAGGAAGUGAGGAGAAAAUCAUUGAAGAAAUUCAUCAUCUCAAAGGAGAAUUUGAUAAGUUUGAAGGGAAACCCUUCGACACAACGCAGCCUGUGAACUACGCUGUGUCAAACAUCAUCUCGUCUAUUGUGUACGGCAGCAGAUUUGAAUACACAGACCCUCAAUUCACAGAAAUGGUUGAUAGAGCAAAUGAAAAUAUUCGAGUUAGCGGAUCAGCUUCAAUGAUGCUUUACAAUAUCUUUCCAUGGCUGGGUCCAUUCCUCAACAGCAAAAAGAUUGUUGUAAGAAACAUGUUAAAAAAUAGAGCAGAAUUCAUGAAGUUGAUCACUGGACUGCGGGAGACUCUGAAUAUACAUGACCGCAGAGGCUUUGUCGACUCUUUUCUUAUCCGCAAACAGAGUGAUGAGCAAUCCGGCAAAAAGGACUCGUACUUUCAUGCAGAGAAUCUUCUCAUGACGGUGGGAAAUCUGUUUGCUGCUGGUACUGAUACCACAGGAACAACUCUGCGCUGGGGUCUGAUGCUCAUGGCCAAAUACCCUCAAAUACAAGAUCGAGUUCAAGAGGAGAUUGACAGAGUGAUUGGUGGACGUCAGCCAGUGGUGGAAGACAGGAAGAAAUUACCAUAUACAGAUGCUGUGAUUCAUGAAAUUCAGAGAUUAGCUAAUAUUGUACCCAUGAAUCUCCCUCAUGUGACCAGCUGUGAUGUUACCUUUAAUGGAUACUUCAUCAAGAAGGGGACAUGUGUUAUUCCUCUGCUGACGUCUGUUCUGAAGGAUGAAAGUGAAUGGGAGAAACCAAACAGCUUUUACCCAGAACAUUUCCUUGAUGAGAAGGGCCAGUUCAUCAAGAGAGAUGCUUUCAUGCCCUUUUCUGCUGGACGCAGGGUUUGCCUGGGAGAAAGCUUGGCCAGGAUGGAGCUCUUCCUGUUCUUCACGUCUCUCCUUCAGAGCUACCGCUUCACAACUCCACCUGGAGUGUCUGAAGAUGAACUGGAUCUUAAAGGAAUGGUUGGAGUGACUCUAAAUCCAUCUCCACACAAACUGUGUGCAGUCAGACUGAGCAUGGCGUUCAUGGAAGCACUUCUUCAUGUUUUCAGCACAGGAACAUUAAUCUGCUUUUUGCUGCUGCUCCUGGUUGCUUAUUUCCUGUUGUUCAGGUCUCAAAGUGACGAAAAUGAACCUCCAGGGCCAAAACCGUUGCCGCUGUUGGGAAAUCUUCUAAUGCUGGAUGUCAACAAACCACACUUGAGCCUGUGUGAGAUGGCAAAGCAGUUCGGCCCAGUUUUCAAAGUCUACUUUGGUCCGAAGAAAGUGGUUGUGCUUGCCGGCUACAAAGCAGUGAAGCAAGCGCUUGUUAAUUAUGCAGAAGCAUUUGGAGACAGAGAAAUCAUGCCACUUUUCCAUGAUUUCACCAAAGGUCACGGAAUUAUAUUUGCCAACGGAGAGAGCUGGAGAGAGAUGAGACGGUUUGCUCUCACUAAUUUACGAGACUUUGGGAUGGGAAAGAAAAAAAUUGAGGAGAAAAUCAUCGAGGAAACAUGCCAUUUACGAGAGGAGUUUGAGAAGUUUGAAGGAAAGCCUUUUGAAACCGCACAGCUCAUGAACUACGCAGCUUCAAGUGUCAUCUCCUCCAUUGUGUAUGGCCGCAGAUUUGAGUAUACAGACCCUCAGUUACGGACCAUGGUGGAUCGAGCCAAUGAGAGCGUCAGACUGAGUGGAUCAGCAUCUGUACAGCUCUACAACAUGUUCCCUUUCUUGGGCCCGUUGCUCAAAAAUUGGAGACAACUCAUGAAAAAUCUACAUCUUGAUAUUGAAGAGAUUUCAGAGCUGGUGAGCGGUUUACAUCAAACAUUAAACCAACAGGACCUCAGAGGAUUUGUUGAUUCAUUUCUUGUCAGGAAGCAGUAUGCAGAGGAUUCUGGAGAGAAGAAUUCACAUUUCCAUGAACAGAACCUCAUUUACACAGUAGGAAACCUGUUUGUUGCUGGUACGGACACUACUAGCACAACACUGCGCUGGAGCUUGCUGCUGAUGACCAAAUAUCCACAUAUACAGGAUCGAGUUCAGGAGGAGAUUGACCAGGUAAUCGGUGGCCGACAACCAGUUUCAGAAGACAGGAAGAACUUACCAUAUACAGAUGCUGUUAUUCAUGAAACCCAAAGACUGGCCAACAUAGUACCCAUGAGCAUCCCUCAUAUGACCAGCUCUGACAUUACCUUCAAUGGGUACUUCAUCAAGAAGGGUACUUGUAUAUUUCCUCUGCUAACAUCUGUACUGUGGGAUGAGGAUGAAUGGGAAACACCCCACACCUUCAACCCCAAUCAUUUUCUGGAUGAGCAGGGUCGAUUUGUGAAGAGAGACGCAUUCAUGCCCUUCUCUGCAGGGCGCAGGAUUUGUCUUGGAGAGAGUUUGGCCAGGAUGGAGCUCUUCCUCUUCUUCACGUCUCUCCUUCAGUAUUUCCGCUUUACUCCUCCUCCUGGAGUGUCUGAAGAUGAGCUGGAUCUCACACCAGUCGUGGGUCUGACUUUGAAUCCUUCACCCCACAAACUGUGUGCAGUCAUUAGACCGGAAAGACAACAAAACUGAUCCACUGGGAAACGUUCAGUUUUUUAUACAGUGUAUUGCAUAGAGUAUACACCAUCUGAUAGAGAGUUAUAUUCAAUGUGCUUUUCUGUGCAUAACAGAUGAAGCGGUAAAUGGGGUAUGUCUUUCAUUAUAAAAUUGCCACAUUUAAGGUCUGAUUUCUUUAAAAAUCAUUGAUCUUCACUGCCUGAUAAAUAUACGAUAUGAAGUGGAUCUCAGACCAGACAUGAAGCACUGAAUUAAAUUCCAUUUCCCCCCGCCGUGUCUUUAAAAAUACGACAGUUUAUUGUUUCUGUGCUCACCUUUCAUUCCGUUUUAUGCUUGAACAACUAAAUGAAUGCUUAAGUCUCUUCAACUGAAUGUAUUUUAACUACAUUACAACAUCGAUGCUGUAAGAGGAACGUUUUGAAAAAGAGAACAGCUUUCACUUGAAGUUUAUCAUUGGCUGAAAAACACUCGCUGUGCAAAUACCCCAUUGAGGUUCCAGUGACGCUAAAUGUUGACAGUUUCCAGUGUGGAUAAAUGUUACUUUUACUUCCAAAUGUAUAUGAAUCAAUAGAGACACAACCAUUUACAAUACAACAUUGAUUUUACGUAGUUUAUUAAAUGUAA